AUGAGUCGAGAGUUUACCGCUUUGCAGGUCAUGCAACAGAUGUUGUCAAAUGCAUUCUCUGAUGAUGCCAAUCCCGAUGAAGAAGCAGAGGGUGUGUCUGAGGAGGAGGAUUAUGAGGCAAGUAACCAACCGAACAGGGAAGAGGAAGGAAAAGAAGAUGAAAUGAUAAUAUCAGAAGACAGAGAGGAGCAAAUGGAAAGAGAGGUAGAAGAGGACGGAGAGCAUAAAGAAGAAGAAGGAGAAGAAGAAGAUGAAGGAGAAGAAUGCGUAACAGAAGACAGAGAGGAGCAAAUGGAAGGAGAGGUAGAAGUGGAAGGAGAGCAUAAAGAAGAAGAAGAUGAAGGAGAAGAAUGGGUAACAGAAGAAAGAGAGGAGCAAAUGGAAAGAGGUAGAAGAGGAAGGAGAGCAUUAAGAAGGAGAAGAAAAUGAGGAAGGAGAAGAAGGGGUAACAGAAGAAAGAGGAGCAAAUGGAAAGAGAGGGGGGAGAAGAAGAAGAUGAUGGAGAAGAAGAAAAUGAGGAAGAAGAUGAAGGAGAAGAAGGGGUAACAGAAGACAGAGAGGAGCAAAUGGAAAGAGGGGGGAGAACAAGAAGAAGAAGAACAAAGGGUAAUAGGAGGCGAGCGAGAGGAGCAAGCGAAAGAAGAUACAGGAAGAUACAGAUGUGUUUUUUCUCUCAAAACACGACAAAAUCAUAUGGUCCUCCGUAGCGUACGAUAAACAAGAGCGGGGUAGAAAAGACAGGAGCGGUGAGGCUACGCCGCCGCCGUCCCCGCACAUGCCGUCGUCGCCUUUACCGCUGACGACCGGCCCACCCGGACCGACUGAAUAUUCUCUCGUCCACGCCCGCGUCAUCGCCUCCGCUUUUUUCAUGUUCAUCACCCCGUCGAGAGAACGCAUCAUCUUGGAGAUGACUAAUUUGGAGGGAAGACGGAAAAUCGGAGACGGCUGGAAACGCAUGGAUGCCGUCGACCUUCGCGCCUACAUGGGGCUGCUGCUUUUAGCCGGCGUCUACAGGUCCCGAGGCGAGGCGACCGCCAGUCUGUGGGACGCUGAGAGCGGACGGUCCAUCUUCCGCGCCACGAUGCCGCUGAAAGUGUUUCACGCCUACUCUAGACUGCUGAGAUUCGAGACCCGCCAGACGCGCGGUCGACAAACUGGCGGCCGUAAGAGAGGUCUGGGACGCGUGGUCCGAGCGGCUGCCGUCCCUCUACAACCCCAGGCCGGAGAUAACAGUGGACGAACAGCUGGUUCCGUUUAGAGGGUGUUGUCCCUUUCGGCAGUAUAUUCCCAGCAAGCCAGCGAAAUACGGGAUCAAGACGUGGGUGGCGUGCGACUCUAAAUCCAGUUACGCUUGGAAGAUGCAAGUGUACACAGGGAAGGCCGCAGCCGCAGACGCAGCUGCGGGCCACGGCCCGGAAAAGAACCUGGGCAUGCGAGUCAUGCUCAAUGUCACCGAGGGACUGAGGGAUCGCAACGUCACCUGCGACAAUUUCUUCACCUCUUACGAACUCGGGCAGCAGCUGCUGAAAAGGAAGAUGACCAUGGUGGGCACCGUUCGAAAAAACAAGCCGGAGCUCCCCCUGGCCCUUCUCUCGCCGAAGGGACGAGCGGUGUUCUCGUCGAAAUUUGCCUUCACGUCGACCACCGCCGCGGUCUCUUACGUGCCCAAGAAAAACAAAAACGUGCUGCUGGUUAGCAUGAAGCACACGGAGGCCGAAGUCAGCGACCGCCGCGACAGAAAGCCGGUCAUCAUACUGGACUACAACCGCUGCAAAGGAGGUGUCGAUAACCUCGACAAGGUGAUCGGAACCUACAGCUGCAGAAGGAUGACGGCUCGCUGGCCCCUGGUCGUGUUCCACAACAUCCUCGACGUUUCCUCCUACAAUGCCUUUGUGAUAUGGAGAGAACUAAACCCCGAAUGGAUGCCUCAGAAGCGGAACAAGAGAAGGGUGUUCCUAGAGCGGCUGGGAAAGGCGCUGGUGACUCCGUUGAUAGAAAGAAGGGAGCGUCUCCCUCGCACAGAAGCGUCAGCGGCAGUCGUCCGAGUCGUUCGUAGCGCCGUGUCUAGAUCUAGAACUCGCGGUGAGGGUGAGGGCGAGUUCGCUGGACCGAAUUCGCUGGACCGAAUUGCAGGAAUCGUGGAAAUCGUUUGUCGGUUGGCUGGGUGAGCGCUGGUGGGGCUCGGUGUCAGAAGAGUCCAUCAGGACCUUCAUGGAUUCAUCCGUCGCGUCGGGGAUAUCGUCGUCUCGGCGUGCUUCGGUGACACGCCCGGGGGAGUUUGUUCUUUCACAGUGAAGACCGAAAGUGGCCUGCUGUCACUUCCUUUGCUUAUCCGUCGAAGACGCUACGUAUACGCUGACUUGGCGGAAGGUGAUUUUUCGUGUCCGAUCAACAUGUUGAGAAAGCUAGCCCGUGAAACCUACACACACUUGCUCCCCCGACCCACAACGAUACCUUCCGAUCCCCAGAACUUUUCUCUUACACAGGUAGUGGAUGAUAUGUGGAGCGUUUUAGAUUUGCUGAAAAGUGGAUGGUGUGACGUUUCCCAACCCCAUCGCAUAAUAGAGUAUCUACAAAACAAGGAAGGACCCUCUGUUACGCCAGCGGCGUUAAUUUGCUGCGUAGAUGAUGACAGUCCGGGAUACCUGUUUGGGAUUAUAGAUGCCAAGGGGAAGAGGCUGAAAGUAACAUUUAAUAAAUGGGGCUUCACGUUUGGAUCGGGUCUACAUUUCUCCGGACUCACAAGUCUGCUGUCACAUAUCUGUGAGGUCGAUGGAGUAAACUUUGUGAUUAACUGUAGAUUCUUGCUCACUGCGAGCGAACUGGAGCGUCCGAUGUAA